AGUAUCUAGGCUAGACUGAGUUCAGAGGCAUAGAGGAGACAACCAAAAUAGCACAUCGAGGCCCAAGUCUAUUUAUCCUCCGCCCCCGAAUAUGACUUUUUUAGGAGAUGCUUGACAAAUUAGAGAAAUGAGGGCUUCACUGAUUAAUCAGUAUUUCCGAUUUCCACGUAUUGCUGAAUUUCCUCCCCAUCUUAGACACUGACAGCAGCAGCCAGGAGCGGAGUCCUGCUGUCCCGUGGAAAUACCGAGGCGAGAUACGCAUGGAACAUGGCUGCUAUGAGGACUUUAACCGUGGCAGGAUUGUUUUUGGCAUUUUGCGCUUUGGGGCUGAUCGCUGUAGCGAUCAGCACCGACAACUGGUACGAGACUGAUGCCAGGAGGCACCGGGAACGCUGCAAGAAUUAUUCAAACAAAAGAAACGACCCCGGAUACAUUUACAUCUCCAACACCAACCUUCCACUUCGCAUGCUGCCAAAGGAGAAAAACGUUGAAAGAAAGGGCUCCAGUGUCAGCGGCGAAAUACUGCUGCGGGCUAAGCGGCACUUCUUGCCUCCUGCCCCUGCCAUGGAGUCUCUCUGCAGUCGGCAUUUCAACUCCACGGUCACCGGACUGUGGAGAAAGUGCCACAGAGAAGGAUUUGACUUGGAGACGGAGGAUUUGAUCUUUAAAGGAUUGGUUCCGCGCUGCACACCAAUAAAAUACUAUUAUUCAUCAUCAGAGCUCCCCAGAAAUCUGCCAAUCAAUCUGACGAAGACAAUAAGGCAGGAUGAGUGGCACGCACUCCACCUCCAGAGGAUGACUGCCAGUUUCAUAGGAAUGGCCAUAUCUAUCAUCCUGUUCGGCUGGAUCAUAGGCGCUCUGGGAUGCUGUCAAGACCACGAUCUAAUGCAGUAUGUCGCUGGACUUCUCUUCCUCAUGGGAGGGACGUGCUGCAUAAUCUCCCUUUGCACGUGUGUGGCCGGAAUCAACUUUGAACUGUCUCGCUAUCCGCGCUACAUGUUUGGCAUACCAGAGGACAUCAGUCAUGGUUACGGCUGGUCCAUGUUUUGUGCGUGGGGAGGACUGGGCCUCACAUUGCUGGCUGGCUUCCUGUGCACUCUCGCUCCUUCCCUCUACCCCCCACAGACCAGUUCGGUGCACAAGCCCAGACAGGAGAACGGCUGUGUGUGACAGGCCGCAGCAUACCAAACAGACACCUGUCUCAUCUGUGAAACAUUGACGAGCCCUGUUCCAGAGACAGUUUCACCCAGGGACUCAGAGAAGAGAGCCUUCACAUAGCUUGGCACAGAGGAAGCACGGGACAGUUGCUCUCACUCACAUGAAAAUGACAAAGAGGUGACAUUUGACUGAAGACGAUUUCAGGUCCUCUGGUGCUUUUUUUCUGUCCCUCUUUAUGAAUAAACUGUUGAGUGUCAUUGCUUGCUCUUCAAGAGGAGACUAUAAUAAUUUCUUCCUGUAAAAUCUGCUAGUUUGAAAAGAAAAAAAAAGAGAAAAAGAUGCACUGGCAGGAGCUCAAUAGCACAACUUUCAAAUCUGAACUAAAGAUCAAACUAUGGACAUGUAAUGUCACAUUUCAAAAGGGCAACUGUGUAUCAUUAUGUACCCAUUCAAAACAAGAUAUGUACAUGUACUUUAUGAAUUGUAUGUAUGCAGAUGCAUUUGUGUUUAUUCAAGGAAAAAAAAAGAGCAUUAGACCAAACUGUGUUUGAGGGAAAUGUUUUGUUGUUCUUGAGGUCUUACCCCUGUCGGAAUAUUUUUGAAAAAUAAAACAGCCAUGCAAAUUUU